UUCUUCAUACUUUAUUCCUUUUCACCCUGAUCUUGUAGCCUUUCUUAUAUAUUGUAAACACCAGUACGUACUUGGGCAGUGGUGUGAGCUUUUCUCAUAUUAGGGUUUCAUCUUAAACACCAGUACGUAUUUGGGCAUGUCGAUUAUUGAAAUGGAAGUGCAUAUGGAUUGUGGGGGUUGCCAAAGGAAGAUACGCAAGGCUUUGUCCAAACUCCAAGGAGUGGAUAGCAUAGACAUAGACAUGGAACAGCAGAAAGUAACAGUAAGUGGGGAUGUGGAUCAGAUGACAGUUUUGGGUGCAGUGAGAAACACUGGUAAAAAGGCAGAGUUGUGGGCUUAUCCUCAUUACUAUUACAAUUAUGACUAUGGGAGUGGUGCUGCCACUUAUGCUUACAUGCACACUUACAGUCAUGAAGUGCAAGGGCAAGUGCAAGAUUACUACAACAGGGACGCUUAUCCUUAUUACCAAGGAGAAGGUGAGGCUGCUCCUCCUUCCUCAAAUAUGAUGGACCACAAAGCAACCACCUUGUUCAGCGAUGAGAAUCCUCAUGCCUGUUCAAUCAUGUGAAUCUCUUACAACCCAAUUGUAAAUAUUGUCCACUCUUCCAUUUAUUCUCUUUCUGUAAUAC